AGAACCCUCUUGAAUUAAUUAGAAUAGGAAAGAUCUAUACACAUCAGAUCAAUACUUUCUACACUAAGAAAUACAAAAUUAUAACUCUACUCGUUUUAUUUCAGGUGAUUUUUUUAAAGACCCUAUUCCAGAAGCUGACCUGUAUAUUUUGUCUAGGAUCCUGCACUGCUUUACAGAUGAGAAGUGUGUGCAACUGCUAACUAGACUGCACAAAGCCUGCAAGCCUGGUGGUGGAGUUCUAGUAGUGGAAAUAGUUCUCAACGAAGACAGAACGGGGCCAUUGGAAGCUCAUAUAUAUGGUUUGGUUAUGCUGCUUGCUACUCAAGGAAAAGAACGUACCGUGUCAGAGUACAAUGCGCUCCUCAGUGCCGCUGGCUUUAAGGAGAUUCAGCAAAAGAAAACAGGCCUCUUUGAUGCCAUUUUAGGAAGACAUUGACCAAGAACAUUCUGUGAGUGUCGUGACUGAAUGGAUAUAUUUCUGCCCGAUUCUUUGUAGCCAUAACUGAACAUACUUAAUGCCUUUACAGUGGUACCUCGGUUUAAGUACACAAUUGGUUCCGGAAGUCUGUACUUAACCUGAAGCGUACUUAACCUGAAGUGAACUUUCCUAUUGAAAGUAAUCGAAAGUGGAUUAAUCCGUUCCAGACGGGUCCGCAGAGUACUUAAACUGAAAUUACUCAAACCGAAGCGUACUUAAACCGAGGUAUGACUGUAUUUUUAUUGUUGCAAAUCCUCACCAUGUGGAAAUAUCUCCUCCACCCCCUUGCUUAUCAUUAUGGUUGAACUCUAAGAGAAGCUAAAAUAACAAUAAAAAUUGUUACAUGUUAACCACCGUUGUAAGUAGUUAUUACCUUCAUUUUCCUGCUUCCCUUUUUUUCUAGGAGCACAUAAGCCAAACCAGGAAAAAGAAACAGGGGUGUGGCACGUCUCCCGGAGGGGCGUUACACGUGUUCCGAGGCAGGGUGCAGUGCACGUUUUGGGGAUGGGGCUGGCACCCGCGAUGGUGCCCCUUGGAUCCCGCCGCUCUAGGCGGCCCACCCCCCACCCCCUAUCUUCCUACGCCCCUGUUUGAGUCUAAAUAAAGACAAUGAUUUGCAGGUGUAAAUUCACUCAGCACUACCAAGUCGGUUUCUUUCAUGGCCUAUCAUAGCUAUCCAAAAUAGGUCCCUGUCCUUAUCCGGACUACAGUGUAGCACGAAUGGUUCCUAUCUGUGUUUCUAGCAUUCCAUUUCUCUCUGACCCCACUGCAUACAAUUCCCCUUCCAAUGCCCACCCAGCACCUCUUUCCACAUCCAAGGGUUACUAUGGGUCACACCUGCUCCUGUUGCUCUGAAAGCCCCUUGGACUCCUUGAUGUUAACAUCCCUCUGUUAUGCAAUGUAUGCUGGGCUUGGCACACCCAAGCUGGGCCCUAUUUAGUCCUUUCAGUUAAGCAUGGUCACCCUUCUUACACCCCAAGUUCCCUCCUGGUAACAGUGCCAAGCUGGUCUCCCUUUUCAGUUAGCUGCCGAUUUCCAUGGGAGCUGUCAGAACUGAGAAAAUCUUUUUGGAAAUUUGGAAUAAAAUGAACUUGUCUUUGUUAGGAUGAAUAUCAGUUAUUAAGAUGAAUGUACUGUAAAAAUGUUGUUUUUAUUCCAAGCAAUCCUGGUAACAAGCAAUAUGGGAUGCUUCAAAGAUAAGGAUAUUUCAAAAUUUGUAUGACGGGGCAAGAAGCCAUGAAUAAAGUAUAAAUUAGUAACAGAUAUUAAAGGUAGAGGAGGCUUCUCCCUGCCAGAUCUGAAAUUAUAUUACGUAGCCUCCUGUUUUUGCUGGAUCCAGGAAUGGAUAAAAUUUUAAAAUACAAGGCAAGAGUACCUCAAAGCUUUUGAAAUCAUAUUAUAAGGAAAGCGAUUUUUAAAGUUUGGGAAAAGUAUAAAGGAUUAUUAGAAAAAAAAAACACCCUGGUGGCUUUCUCUAUUAGAGGCAAUAUCAGGGGGGAAAUUAAAUAUGGACACUAAAUGGGCUACAUAUAGACAGUUGUUAAUUGAAUCAGAAAGCCAAUUAAAACUGAAAGAAUUUAACAAAGUUAGAGAGAAUGUAACAGGUUGGUUACAAUAUUUUCAAUUAAAUGAAAUAUUCCGUAUGAAAUAUCAACUUUUCAGAGAGAAAUAAUAGAAAAUGAUACUAAGUUAAUAUAAAAAAUGUAAAAUCUGCUGCUGGAAUGGGAAGCAAAAUAUGAAGAUGCUAAAUCAGUUAUCAUUAAAUGGGCACAAGAUGUGGGACACAAUAUUCAAAUGGAGGAAUGGGAUAAACUAUGGUAGAAUGAGGUAAAAUUUGAGUGGACAGGGGGAGUCCCCCCAAACCCCGGUGACCCUCGAGCAGAAUAAUGACUCAAGACAACGUGCUAUGGGAUUAAAAUUGGCCACAACUUUAUUAAGUUUCAGAUGUAGGGAGACCUUGGCUCAGGUAUUGGCCGUUUAUCCUUCCCAGUCCCCAGCCAAGCUAAAACAAGGCCAGACAUUGAGGUGGAAAAUGAGCAUUUGGCCCAGCGUAUUGAAGACAUUCGCUUCAAUUUAUUUGGGUCUGAAUAAAGACAAUGGUUUGCAGAUGUAAAUUCACUCAGCACUACCAAGCCUAUCAUUGCUAUCCUAAAGGGUUAUCCUGCCUUCAUUGUAGCUCAAAUGUAAACAGCCCCUAUCUGCGGUUCUGGCAUUUCAUUUCCCUCUGACCCACUGCAUCCAACUCCCCUUCCUUUGCCCUCCCCACGCCCCUGUAAUUGAGAAUCACACCACUUAUGUGAUGAAAUAGACUAAAGUUCAGCUCUUCUUGUGCCGGAAUAACAAAUAUUUGGUCCUUCAAGGUGCCUCAGGACUCUCUUGGUUUUUUUGUUCUUGUUUCUCCUCUGAGUAACUGAUUCAGCAAAGCCAAUAUUAGCUCCUGAUAAAGGCUGCAAUACUAAACCCAAUUAAGUAACUUGGUGGGUGGGGAUGGCUACAUGCUAUUUAAGCUAAUGCAGCUGUUUUCUGAGCAGCCAUAGGACUGCAGAUCACAACAUUGUCAACUUGGGAAGUGUGCCUCAUACGAUUACAGCUGCUACCUGGGAGCAAGGCACAUAAAGGUUAGUCUUUUUGCUGCUCCUCUGGCUUGGUCAAGGACACUGCAGCCUCCUGCUACAUUUAGAUCUCCCCACCUUUCCUUCAAGGAGUUCAAGGUGACAUCCCUAGUUCUCCCUAUUUUGACUUUAUUCUCACAAUAAGCUUUUGAGGUAGGUUUGGAUGAGAGUUAGUGAAUGACUCAAGGUGAGCUUCAUGCAGAACUAUCCUGCUGUUCUGCUUUUGCUGCGUCUCCACAGGUAUGUGGUCCCUUGCCUUCACCCCUGCCUCAAAGCUUUCUGUUUCUGGAUUCUCUGAUUCUUAGUAACUCUGUGAUUCCAUUUCCCUUCUGUGGGAAGCUCCUCAUUGUUCAUUUUCUUUCUCUUGGAUUCCCCUUGAUUCCGUUCUCGUGCUCCUUAACUUUUCUUCUUCAGACUCUACCUAUCCUCGUUCAGCAUUACUACUUGCAUAUUUUUCUGAAUUUCUCUAUAUUGUUAUUUUUAGAAGUGAGUUCUUUAGUGAGCUUCUUGGGAAUUUUUGCCAUUCCCUUUUAUCGACUUUGGCACAAAAAUGGCUCCUACAAAAACAGCUAGGCACAGGAACAGGUUUUUCCCUUGUGCCAACAAAUUUUGUAGUUGUGUAGCAGAACGGUAGGCAAGUUAUGGGUGGGGUUCCUCUGCUUUGCUAUUGUAUUGUGAGUGGAACAGUGUUUGUAUAAGGUACAUUUACAUUGCAAUGCAAUGUAGUCAUAGCAAAAUUCCAAGUAUGUUUGGUACGUGGCCAAUAAAUUAUUCUAUUCUAUUCUAGAAUAGAGAGAAAGAAAUAGAGAGAAUGAAUGAGAAAGAAAUCGUUUUCCACUUGUCUUUUCUACAAACAUCUCUGGCCUCGGUCAUUUGCAAAGUUCAUUGUCAUUUAUCUAGACUUAUUGUCAAUUCAGUUUCAGUGAAUUCUGAAUAAAAGUACCACAAGCAGAGUGCUCUUUCUUCCAACAACAACUUGCUCAUCAGAGGAAGACUGUGAGGUCUCUGACAGACGCAGUAAAGAACCAUGAAUGCGACAGAAGAAGCUGAAGCUCUGAAAAUGUUAUUUCUGUAUCAACAUGCAUAUCUAAUUCCAAAGAUUAUGUUCACUGCCUCUGAUCUUGGUGUAUUUGAUCUGCUGAUGGAAUCCAAGGAACCAUUGACUUCAAUGUCUAUUGCCGAACGUCUGGGUACCAGUCCCUUUGGGAUGGAGAGACUGCUGGAUGCCUGUGUUGGCUUAAAGUUCCUGCAAGUGGAGAGGAAGGACAACCAAACGCUUUAUGGAAAUACCAACCUUGCCAAUCUCUACCUUGGCAAAAGAAGCCCAAAGACUCAGUAUUAUUCCUUGAAGAACCAUGCUGAAUUUAACUAUACGAGAGCACAACACCUGACUGAUGCUGUGAGGGAAGGAGAGGGUCGGACGUAUAGAUUAAGUGACAGUUCUACAAAAAUUUUCUUUGAGGCUUUUUACAGAACAGAAAGAGGCUUGCGAGAAUUCAUGGAAUUUAUGCAUGAGAUUUGGAGUCUGUGUGGUCGAGAUGUGUUGAAUGCAUUUGACCUCUCUCAUUUCCCACUCGUUUGUGAUGUGGGAGGAUGUACUGGUGCCCUAGCAAAUGAAUAUAUUUCAUUAUAUCCAAAUUCUACUGUGACCAUUUUCGACCUACCUGAAGUAGUGGAAACAGGAAAGAAGCAUUUUGUCUCCUCAGAGGAACACCGGAUUACUUUUCAUGGAGGUGAUUUUUUUAAAGACCCCAUUCCAGAAGCUGACCUGUAUAUUUUGUCUAGGACCCUGCACUGCUUUACAGAUGAGAAGUGUGUGCAACUGCUAACUAGACUGCACAAAGCCUGCAAGCCUGGUGGUGGAGUUCUAGUAGUGGAAAUAGUUCUCAACGAAGACAGAACGGGGCCAUUGGAAGCUCAUAUAUAUGGUUUGGUUAUGCUGCUUGCUACUCAAGGAAAAGAACGGACCCCGUCAGAGUACAAUGUGCUCCUCAGUGCCGCUGGCUUUAAGGAGAUUCAGCAAAAGAAAACAGGCCUCUUUGACGCCAUUUUAGGAAGAAAAUAACAUUGACCAAGAACAUUCUGUGAACGUUGUGUCUGAAUGGAUAUAUUUCUGCCUGAUUCUUUGUAGCCAUAACUGAAUAUACUUAAUCGCUUUACUUUUAUUGUUGUUGCAAAUCCUCACCAUGUGGAAAUAUCUCCUCCACCCCCUUGCUUAUCAUUAUGGUUGAACACUAAGUGAAGCUAGAAUAGUAAUAAAAAUUGUUACAUGUUAACCACCAUUGUAAGUAGUUAUUACCUUCAUUCCCCUGCUUGCUUCCCCCCCCCCCCCAGGAGCACAUGAGCCAAUCCAGGAAAAAGAAAGAGGUUGUAUCCCAUAUUGCCUCAGGUUAUGUAUGUAUGUAUGUAUGUAUGUAUGUAUGUAUGUAUGUAGGGGCUGAUAUAAUCAAUCUGAUUUCGAUGCUGUCCAUUUGGUGAUAUCCAUGUGUAGAGUCGUCUCUUGUGUUGUUGGAAAAGAGUGUGAUGAGCAGCUUGUUCUCUUGACAGAACUCUAUUAGCCUUUGCCCUGCUUCAUUUUGAACUCCAAGGCCAAACUUGCCAGUUGUUCCUUUUAUCUCUUGAUUCCCUACUUUAGCAUUCCAAUCCCCUGUAAUGAGAAGAACAUCCUUCUUUGGUGUCAUUUCUAGAAGGUGUUGUAAGUCUUCAUAGAAUUGGUCAAUUUCACUUUCUUCAGCACCAGUAGUUGGUGCAUAAACUUGGAUUACUGUGAUGUUAAAAGGUCUGCCUUGGAUUCGUAUCGAGAUCAUUCUGUCAUUUUUGAGAUUGCAUCCCAUUACAGCUUUUGCCACUCUUUUGUUGACUAUGAGGGCCACUCCAUUUCUUCUACGGGAUUCUUGCCCACAGUAGUAGAUAUGAUAGUCAUCCGAACUGAAUUCGCCCAUUCCCUUCCAUUUUAGU